CAGUGGGAUUCAAAAUUCAAAACAAACCCCACAUCGCAGUUGAAGUGUUUACUCUGAGCUAGCUGGCUGUUACAGGCACGACAUAGCUCUUCAUUUGAAAACGAGUAAUAAUAACAUGGACGCGGAUGAAAAGCACGACUCCAGCACAAACGAGAAAUCUGUGGAAAUCCCUAAACCGCCUUCAAUCGAGGAUUUCAUCAUUUUGAAGCCGAUCAGCCGCGGCGCUUUUGGCAAGGUCUACCUCGCACGGAAGAAGUGCAAUGCGCGAUUAUAUGCCAUUAAGGCGAUGAAGAAAGCAGACAUGGUUGAUAAAAACAUGACGGGCCAGAUGAAGGCGGAGAGAGAUGCACUUGCUUUGAGCAAAAGCCCCUUUGUGGUUCACCUGUUUUACUCCCUUCAGACAGCCACCAAGAUCUAUCUGGUAAUGGAAUACCUUAUUGGUGGAGACGUCAAAUCUCUGCUUCACAUCUAUGGGUAUUUCGACCAGGAUAUGUCCGUAAAAUACAUUUCAGAGGUCGCACUAGCUUUGGAUUACCUCCAUCGCCACGGUAUAAUCCACAGGGACUUGAAGCCAGACAACAUGCUUAUAUCCAACGAAGGUCACAUCAAAUUAACAGACUUUGGCCUUUCUAAAGUCAAGCUUGACAGAGAGCUGAGUCUUAUGGAUAUCCUUACUACUCCAUCCUUGGCUAAACCAAGUAAAGAUUACUUCCGCACCCCGGGCCAAGUUCUCUCCUUAAUCAGCUCCCUUGGAUUUAAUACACCUGCAGGAGAAGGCAAACGUCACUGCAGCGCAUCUGUGGUGUCCAGUCCCUUGUCCUGUGGCAAAACAAAACGGAAGAACAACUCUCUUGGGUCUCCCUGGAUGAAGACAAAAGAUCAGCUGUACUCUCCGACUCGCUACCCUUGGAAAAUGGAAACAAACAACACUGUGUUUAGUCAUCACAACGUUGCUAAAAAUCUGACACCCACACUGCUGAAGACCAGGAAGAGGUUUGAGACGAUGAGUGCGGGCAGCACCACCGACACAGAAGGUGGCGUCAGCCCACUGUGGGAGUGUGAGGAGAAAGAAAAUGAACAUACUAAUGAACAGAAGAGGAAAGGACACUGGACUGAACAGGACUGUGCAUCAACAAUACAAAGCUUCUCUGCCAAAGCCACCAGCAAUCGGUCAACUGAGCCAAAUCCAGACCAUCUCACAGAAAAGAAGCCACACACCAACAGUUUGGGGUCUGUUUCCACAGCACGGGAUCCUGUAUGUCCAUCAGGCUCAUCUGUAAAGAGAACGUUUUCUGAUAUUGAGAGAAGUCCCGAGCCAUUGGAGAUCCAAGCCAAGAAGAGUAAUGCACACUAUAAGAGAUGCUACGAGAUUCCAGAAGAGACUACAAGGUUUCACACUGGCCUGACUGGAACAUUUUCCACCAUCCAAAUAGGCGACUUCAUGGCUUCCACUGAGGGGAUAGGGCUAGCUGAAGACCGGUUCCCAAUGCGCUCCAGUCCCAUUGCCAUUGCCAAGAGUCUGUUCUGUGAACUGGAAGAUCCCACGAAGGACGUGUUUGACGAUGGAGCCAAAGACUUGUCACAUUCAAGUUUCACGUCGCCACUUGCUGGGACCAGUGACAUUUGCAGGAGCUUGAGCCUGGACUCUGACGGGUCUAUGCAUGAAAUGUCCCUCACGGUUGACAGCCAUGCAUCUCACAAGCCAAACGUGUGUUCCAAAAGCAGGACUUCAGCAUCACCUGAGGAGCAAGCAGAAAAUAAAAACUCAUCCAUCGCUGAAUCCCUCCCACAUACUCCAUCUGCUGUUAAUAGUCAAACACCCAAACUUGGUAACUUUAGCAGGAGAGGUGAAUCCCAGUGUUCUUUUUUUAACCGGCUGCCUGAUCUGGCCAGCAGUGUUGCACAGUCCCCGUCAUUCCUCAAGCCGCGAAAUGUUGUAGCUUUCCGUAGCUACUGUAGCUCCAUCAACCGCUCCAACAUGUCAGGGGUGUCCCGAUUUAGCGUCGGGUCUAUGGAGGCUAUGGACCUGUCUACAACAGCUUCCUAUCACACUGCGUCUGGCACUGCAACACCAGUGCAGAAAAGACCCGACUACAACAGCUCUCUCUAUCAGACUCCUCAGCCCAUGUCGACCUCUCACACCCCUUACAGGACUCCAAAGAGCGUCAGAAGAGGGGCACUGCCGGUUGAGGGUGCACCCAUUUUAGGAACUCCUGACUAUUUGGCUCCAGAGCUUCUUUUGGGAAAACCACAUGGAAGUUGUCAGUGUGACUUCAUGGUGGACUGGUGGGCGCUAGGUGUGUGUCUUUUUGAGUUCCUCACAGGUGUGCCACCUUUCAAUGACGAGACGCCUCAGCUGGUCUUCCAGAAUAUUCUCAACAGAGAUAUUCCCUGGCCUGAGGAAGAGGAGGAGCUGUCUAUGAACUCGAGAAAUGCAAUUGAAAUCCUCCUAACCAUGGAAAUGAAAAAACGAGCUGGUCUAAAGGAACUGAAGCGUCACCCGCUGUUUAAGGGUGUGGACUGGGACAACCUGCACAACCAGCCGAUGCCUUUCAUACCUCAACCAGAGGACGAAACCGACACUUCGUACUUUCAGGCGAGAAACAGCGCCCAGCACAUCGCUGUGUCUGGCUUCAGUCUAUAGAGUUACAAAUACUAAGAGUUGAGUUUUUAUUAAAGCAGCACUCGACAAAUUCUGGCUGUCGAUGAUGUGAGAAAGUCAUCUGUGUUGAUAAAUCACUUGCUUUCAUUGUGGAGAACUCUAAAAAAUCAGAUCCUUUAUGCAAACGAAUACUCAGGAAUGAUGCGAAUUGUGACUGUUCAAGGUUAUAUUUUUAAAAAGCAUUUUACCUAUGUGCAAUCAGCGGUCAGAAGAGUCAGAAAACAAGCUGAAUCUCUUGACUGCUCAGUUAAGAGUAUGAGUUGUAGAAAGUUAACUUCUUUUAAAACUAAGUAUUAUCAUAUUAUAAAAAAUAGGUUUCUUCUACAAGAAAAAUAAUAUUUGCUACUGUUUUUUUUCUUAUGAUUGGCUUUGAUGUCUGUUGUUAAGGUGUUAUAAUGAUUAAACUCAAUAACUGUAUGUUUAUGUUGAGCUACAUUUUUUUUGUUUGUUUGUUUCAUCAUUGUAAUGCUCCCUUGCCCCUGAAUGUCUCCUUAAGUGGUACAGAACUGCUGAAGAAAAAUCUGCCUAUAUAUUCAAGAAUAAUAUCUUAUAAUGAUUGAUUUAGUUGUUUUAAGGAGUAGUUAGUUACUUUGUACUCUAACGGGACAGUUUUUUUGCUGCUUUUGUCAUUUGUAUUUUUCACACUACUACACACACUGUUUGUUUUUAAGAUACAUUCAUUAGCCUCCCUGCUUAAUUUUAUCUUGUUUACUCUAAGAAAAAAGUUAAGUACAAAUAAAAUCCAUUUGUAACAUGA